GGGCCGAGGGAAAGGUGAGGAACGGUUGCAGGUCCUGCCAGACAAUGCUGAGCAGAGCAUGCCACAGGCUCACCUUGGCCCUGCUGGGGACACGCUCACAGAUGUCUGUGGUAGCCCAUAGGUGCUUGCACGCGUCGCGGCCCUCAACAGACGGGAGGGAAAAGGCAGGGGAGCCACCCAGCAGCUUUAACCUGGUGCUGCUGGAGUUCCUGGCAUGCCCACUCUCCAAGAAGCCUCUCAGAUAUGAAGCAUCAACAAAUGAAUUGAUAAAUGAAGAGCUAGGAAUAGCCUAUCCAAUAAUUGAUGGAAUUCCUAAUAUGACACUACAGGCAGCUAGGAUGACACGUCAAACUAAGAAGCAAGAAGAAAUGGAACAACACUAGGUUAUAAUUUUUUAAAAAGCCACCACAACAACUAAAUUUUCUU